GGUGUAUUCUCAGUCUAUCUGUGUAUGACGCUAAACUCUCUAGAUAUACCCCGCCUGAGUGACGCGUUUACGUGUUUCACUUUUGCCUUGCUUUUGCUUACUUACUUACUGUCCCACUAUUAAAAUCUGUGUGAUUCACGUGAGUGCCUUAAAUAUAUUUCACCAGCGAAAUAAAUAAACGUGGAAGACCAGUGAUAUAUUCUUCGUUUACCUCGAUUAUGUUGUAAACAUAUUUGUGGAAUACCGUUUGUGCUUUGAUAAUAAAAAUAGGAAUUUACAAGUUCUAUCAACAACGAAGUGUCUACGGGGGAACAAUGCCCUGGAGAAAUGUUGGAAUGAUGAGAUGAUCGCUCAGUUGGCGGUGAUGGCCGCUGGUGGUGGUAUAGGUGGGGGCGGAAGUGGCAGUAAUACCGGUGGUAGUCGUGUCAGUCGUGCGGGCGGUCUCACUCUUCACAGAUCAAAUUCCAGCCUCGAAUUGCCCCACAGUCCAGAGCGUACGGGACGGGCUGUUGAUGCUCAACCACUAAGACGCGAAUAUGGUUCUCACGGAAGCAUCGAUGUCGUUGGUGGCCAGUGCAAUUCAGCAAGUGGGGGAGAUAAUUUAUUUGCAAUGCUGCAGGACUUCAGAAGUGGACGAACAUCAGCAGACCGACUUUACGGCCAUCAUCACAGUGAUAACCCGACAGGAAUGGUCUCCACUGACGAGGUUUGUGGUCCCACGUCGUCAUCGAGUCCAAAGUUACGUUUGAAGUUGAACAGACUCUGGGGUGGAAAGGAGAGUGUCUCAGGUGGAAUGUCUUCCUUAUCCACUCCUAGUAGCACCCCUUCGACAGUCGUGCCAGGAGAUCUAGAGGAGCGACAUCGAAGGAGGGCGUUCCUCCACUACGACUGUCAGUCUCUCACAGCUAAUCUAGGAUAUGCAGCUAAACUCAGAGGAAUUUUACUCGCUAGAAGAAGAAAUACAGCAACUGGGGCGUCCGCAGCGAGCACGAUACGUGCUCCAACCCCAGACGAAGGGCCAGACUGCAGUAGUUCAGCACCAGGUGCAGAUACCCAGGAGGACUCAGGAGAUGGCAAGAGUAACGACCUCUUGGAGCCCUGUCCGUUCUUCAGAAACGAGAUCGGUGGUGAAGGCGAACGAGAAGUUGCUCUCGGACGUUCCCCAAUGUCAACUCCAGGAGGUCACAGACCCUCUCUAGCCUACGGUGUCUCCGUUCUAGAACCCCUGCCCGGCGAAACCCUCUGGAAACAUACUUGCCCCCUGAGGAAACGUCUUCUCCCGAUCGAAAGCAUCGACGAGGGUGCUCGCUAUUACCGAAAGUAUUUCCUAGCUAAAGACCACCAGAACUGGUUCGGUAUGGACGAUCAGCUAGGCCCAGUUGCCAUCAGCAUUCGCAGGGACGGUAAUCAUUAUAGAAUAAUUGUCCGCACUUCCGAACUCCUGACCCUACGUGGCUCAAUUCCGGAGGAAGCCCUUUGCCUGCGCAAUAACCAAACAAGUAGAAUACCUACACGUGAGAUAAUGGAGCUCGUCGCACCGGAAGUGCAACUGGGGUGUCUCAAGCUGGGAACUCAGCCUGCUGAGGAAGCCCUAGCCAGGCUUGAUGAACAAGGGCUCUCCAAUCGUUAUAAAGUCGGGGUAUUGUACUGCAGAGCUGGUCAGAGAACGGAAGAGGAGAUGUACAACAAUCAGCACUCAGGCCCUGCAUUCCUUGAAUUUUUGGAGACAAUUGGACAGAGGGUCAGGUUAAAAGGUUUCGAGGGAUACAAAGCCGGACUGGACACCAGGACGGACUCCACAGGAACCCACACGGUUGCUGCUACUCAUCGAGGUGCUCAGGUGACUCUCCACGUCGCUACAAUGCUUCCAUUUACACCCAACAACAGACAACAAUUACUAAGAAAACGUCACAUUGGUAAUGACAUUGUAACAAUUGUCUUUCAAGAACCCGGUGCUCUCCCCUUCAGUCCAAAACGCAUCAGAUCGCAAUUUCAACAUGUAUUCAUCAUUGUUCGUGCUAUUAAUCCAUGCAGUGAAAAUACUCAAUACAGUGUUGCUGUAUCACGAAGCAAAGAAGUUCCUAUUUUUGGCCCACCAGUGCCGAAAGGGGCGAUUUUCAAUAAAGGAAAAUCAUUCGCCGAUUUUAUUCUUGCCAAAGUUAUCAACGCCGAAAACGCAGCUCAUCGCUCCGAGAAAUUCUCGACCAUGGCGACAAGAACGAGACAGGAGUAUCUCAAGGAUUUAGCUGUUAAUUAUUCUACUACAACCAUUAUUGACACUGGACAAAAAUUUUCGAUAAUGUCAUUUAGUAGUAAGAAGAAGACCACUGCCAGGCCAAGAUUGGCGUGUGAUGCGACGCAAAGGGGGGCCAUUUGCUGGCAAGUUAUUUUGGAAGAGAGUACACAGAAUACGGAUUGUUAUCUUGGCAUUAGUGUGGAUACUAUUGUGCUUAUUGAGGAGCACUCCAGGCAGACGAUUUUCGUAUCACCCUGCGUCAAUAUCCUGGGGUGGCACGCACAGACAAACAGUCUAAGGCUUUAUUACCAUCAGGGUGAGUGUAUUAGUAUUCAUGUGAGACCUGAUUAUACCGAAAGGGACGAGAUAAUGGAGAUUGUUGCUAGACUUCGAGCUGUGACUCAGGGAUCCCCGGCUUCUGAACUGUCCCUGAGGAGAAAUAGUUUAGGCCAAUUGGGAUUUCACGUGCAGCCUGAUGGAGUGGUUACCCAGGUGGAGAGCAUGGGACAGUCUUGGCAGGCUGGUCUCAGACAAGGCUCGAGACUGGUAGAAAUUUGUAAGGUCGCUGUGUCUACUCUCAGUCACGAUCAGAUGGUCGAUCUUUUGAAAACUAGUGCUCAAGUCACUGUCACCGUUAUUCCACCUACUAACGACGGACAACCAAGAAGAGGCUGCUCUCUCCAGAGUUGUGAGUAUCUGUCUGGUAAUUACGAGAGUGAUUAUGAGAAUGUUACUAAUUCGGAAAGCACUUCGAGUCAACAGAGUGCACAGCAGGCCCAGCAAUAUCAGAAAAAUCAGGAGAGAUCAAUGAGUCCACCGAGAUCAAGCAAUUCGUCUGGAUAUGGGACUGGCUCAAGUUCUAGAUCAUUCGCCGAUCCCAGAUUUAUGCAGGAAAAUACCACCGGAGGGCAUGAUGAACGAUGGUACGAUGGCUUACUGGAAACACAUGACAAAGAGUUGAAUAAUCUCAAGUCUGAUGGAACUCCACCUCCUCCUCUUCCUGCUAGACAAGGGCCAAAAAACUCGAAAAAUUCUAAGCAUCAGUACCACGAGUAUUAUACUAAAGAAUCCAAUUACGUGUCACCUCGAGUUUUACAUGAAAGUAAUUAUCAGAGAAUUGACGAAAUCAAUAGAAAUAAUUGGGGACAGUUGUAUGGUCAUACACAUCACGUACAUCAAAAACUGACGGCCUCAGUUUCUCUUCCAUUGGCACAAAACUCUAGCUAUAGUGUUGCCAAAACGAUAAAUCAGUUUGAAGCGGCAGAGCAUAAUAAUAUUUACGAUACUGAAGCAUCCACCAGAGUGCAAAUGAGAAGUAAAAAGGAAGGUUAUGGUGGAGAUGGUAAGCCUAUGGCAGAGAGACGAGUAAGCUCCUAUGAAUUUGUGCAAGAUCCUGAAACUUCGGACAUUAAUCAAUCUAAUCAGCAGAAUCAAUUGAAUCAAUCGACGCACCAAGACAUUAAUGAGUCCAGCAAAGACAGUCAUGAGUUUAUAAUCGGUGAUAAAGUGACUUGCUUAAAAAGUGAAUUACCAGAGAGAGUUCUUACUCGCAAACUCGCUCACGCUGAGUAUACGAGAAAAGAUUAUGCAAUGUCAAGUUUACCACCGGAGGUUAAGAUUUACGAGGGAAAUGGCACUGAUAUUCCAGCUUCUGCUCUUCCUAGUGAGGAUGAGUUCGCUAAUAGUUGUGAAAAUCAGUCUCCGGGUCUAAAGAGGUCGAAUAAACAGAGAUCUGGGGCUGGAAAUCCGAGCCCGAGGAAUCAGAGCCCCAGGCCCAAGUCACUAGUGAGAGCUCCACACAGAAACUCGGCAAAUCUUUCUUCGAGUACUUUGCAAGAGGAUUUGAUGAAACUUAUUAAUCCAGACUAUAUUGGUAAUGACAAUUCUCAAGUGAAUAAUAAUAAUGUUAAUGUUAAAGAGAACGGAACGAGCUGUAAUGAUAAUGAGUCUGGAAUCACAAGUGUUGAUAAGGUGCUUGACAACAGAGAGAAUAAUAAAAAUGAGAGUAGUAAUAAAUUGGAGAUCCAGAACAGAUGUAGGUCAAGGGAAAAUCUCUGUGGAACAAGUGCGACGACAUUGAGCGUCUUAUCAACCUCUAAUCGACAGGAAAACUCGGCUGGAUCAGAAGUUAUUUUAACAAUGGCGAGACCAGCAACUGUUAUUUCUAAUACAAGUACAAAUUCAAGUCCAGCACCGAGUGAGAAUAAAUUGUCGAAGGAGGAGAGAUUGUCGCCAAGGGUUACUAAGACUCUAUUUCCGUUGAAAGUCUCAAAUGUUAGUGGGAGUGUACGGGAUAGUACAGAGGAUAACCAAUCACAUUGUAAUGAGGAAAUUGUUUAUGAGACUGGGACUUCGCUUACGGAUUUACAGAGUCAUUUGUCGAAUCUUGAACUCAGGGUUGCAAGGGAAACGAGAAGGAGGCUCUCUUUGGAGGAGGAGGUGAGGAAGUUGAGAGAUGAGAAUAGACGACUGCAGGAUGAGAAUCAUGCCGCUGCACAGCAGUUGAGGAGAUUUACAGAGUGGUUUUUUCAGACUAUCGAUCAUCAGUAAUAUUUUAUUUUUUGUUCUAAUUUCGUUACUUACAUAAUUAGAAUAAAAAAUGUCAUUUUUAAUAUCUUUAUAAUCAAAUCGAUCGCGAAAAGUCAAAUUUUUUACUCAAAGAUAUUCCAAAUCUCAAUUUGAUAAUAUUUUCUUCUCGAAUCGGAAAUCACUAUAGCAGAUAUGAUCCUAGAUUUUUUUCUAUUGAUGACGGUAAUUACGUUCGUUCCCAUUGCAACCAAACAUUUGUUUUGUUUUUUUUUUUUACAAAAGAGUAUUAAACUGUUGAUAAUUUUCAAUGGCGCAAGAGAGAGAGGCUGAUUCUAAAACCAUGAAGUUAUUUGGACCCCCCAUCAUAUUAGAUUCAUUAUCAGUUUUAGAAUAUUGAAGGCAUAGAGAACAAAACAACGAAGAGAAAAUUGCGGACAGGUGCGCUAUGAACCGACCAAAUAUUUUUAGGACAUUUAAGAAGUAAUUGAUUAAUUGUAAUAAAACAUUGUUAAUUUAUACACGACUUCGACGGUAAUAAUGCUUUAUAUUCGUUUAAAAUUAAUUUGCAUUUAGAUAAUAAAACGUAUAUUUUUUUUCAUUGAAAUACUUGUUGAGUAAAAAUUUAUUUUUUCGAUAAAUUUAAGUGAAAAGAGAAACAACGGACGAAAUAAUUGUACUUCAAAUAUUUGAAUAAUAAAAUAGUUUAUUAUAGUUCACAGAGGAAAAAAAUUGAAACAGACAUCUGUAUCUUUUUUUAUUAUAAUGCCUUUACAUAUAUCACUGUACUGUCGCUGAGUGACAAUAGAAAUUAUUAACUGGAAUCUUCAUUCCUGGAGAACAGUGUGUGAGUGCGUGAAUGCACUGCAUAAGCAUAAUAAAGAAAACACUAUUAAUAUUUUUCAAUAAAACAUUUUUUGAUUAAUUAA